GCGUGUCCAUGUGCUGCUGUUGGCCCGCCUACCGCUAUAGCCUUGCCACUAGAGUGGGAGAGACACCCUUCAUGCCGCUCAUCCCCUGUGCUGCCUUUGCCCUCAGGGUCAAAAUAAGGACAUUGUUUGGCAUCAAGGGAUCUCUCAUAAAAGAUUUCUUCACGACGUUGUGCUGUGAGCCGUGUGCGAUAUGUCAGAUGGUCAGAGAAAUGGACUCUAUCGGACUGUGAAAACAGAUUAUCUUGCUUGCCACACUCGCAGAUAAUUAUUGCCUAAGUCAUUUUUGGUCUGUUUGAAGUUAUUGCUUCUGAAAUAAAGAGCAGAGCUAGCUUGGUAAUAUAAUUCACUUGGACAAAAGAAUAAUCCAGUUAUAAAAUGAAUUGAGCAUACCGAAAUUCAAUCGUUUCACACAGUCAGUUGCUCGAAAGAAACAGUUUGCUUUCAUUUUCUCUAAAAGGCUAAAAAUAACUUAGACAUUUUAUGAGCGUUGCGAUCUGAUUCUGUGUGAAAGACAAACCACAAGGGAGCUAACCACAUUAUCCGCUUUGCCAAAACAAUUACGAUGCUCAGAGUUGUCAGACUUAGUUAUGUAUGCCUGGGAAAUGGGAGAGGUUGAGGAAGAGAGAGAGA